AUGCCUCGGCUCCUGCCUGCUUCGCUCCAGUCCUUGCUUCCACUGUCAUUGCCGGCUCUCCCCCACGGACCCUCCUUCCCUCUUGAAAGCAAGCCCUGUGAUUACGUGGAUGGCCCACUCAUAUCAUCUUCGUGGACCUCAGCUUGUGAAGUGGAGGCCAGCAGAAAAGUUUCAGAGGACCUCAAAGACAAGCCUGUGAGCUGGACUCUCCUCAAGAAGAAGCUGGAGCGAUCAACAGCAUUUACAAUAGGCUCCUGGCCACGAGAAAAGAGCAAGCCAAUAAAUGACUGUCUUCUGCCAGGAAAGGGACUGGGAUCAAGGAAGAUGACUGGGACUUUGGACACUUGCAAAGAUCCAGGUCUUAUCCCGGGUGCGUUCUGCAUUUGCAGUGCCUUUCAUCUCAAGAGAAAAGGCAGUCUGUCGGUCACACCAGCCGUAUUCCAAGGGUUCUGCCACCACCCCGGAGUCACGGCUACGGUCCUGACGGCACAGAGCUCUGCUGUGAUCUCUAUGGAUGCGUCGGUCCUGCUCCAGGACACUAAAAACAGGCUGGUGAAGAUGUCCAAGGCGAUGAAGCAAGCAGGACCGGAGACGCCCAGGGGAGUCCCCGCCACGUUCACACUGCAGGGUGAGCUCUGGUCCAGGGCCGUCAGAUUCCACAUCCUGCACGUGUCUGCAGAACGUGUGUUCACGUGGGAGCGGACAGGGAUUGCGUGGGAGCAGGAAGUCCCGGAAAUUACAGAAAUCAGGAGGUGGCUGAUUCACAAGCAGAUCACGACACUCCCAGCAGAAAAGAAGGGGGUCCUGAAAGGGACACCCAGUACCCUGUCUCCCAGAGGAAAAGGGGCAGCCGUCAGCUCUGAGAUGGAGCUCCCUGAGGAGGUGGGUGAAACCACUGCAUUAGCACCAUCUCACCUGGGGAUCAGGCAGUGUGAGGCCCAGGGAGGGGCCAGCCGAGCCCACACCGAGGGGCCGGCUAUGAGUUCACGGAAACCAGGCUGCGCGGAGCUCAAGGGAUGGGGGGUCGGCUCUCAGCGAGCAGUGAUCAGCCCGUGUGUGAGCAAACGACCGGAACGCAGGGCUACAGGACCCAGCAGGACUGGGGCGGACGGCAUCCCGUCCUGUGCCCGCCAGCCAGAGUGCAACGUCUCACGGUCGUGGGACAUCCACCAGACAAAUAGGAAGGGCCACGGCUAA